AUGUUGUUGCCACUGCUGGGCGCCUGUGCCCUGGUGGGGCCUUUCCAGGGCUCUGAGUGGGAGCCAGUGCGGGGCCUGCUCUCCCAGCACGACAGCUGCAGGGACCCUCGGUGCUAUGGCAAGCUGGUCCUGCUCUGCCUCUUCCUGAUCUGGCAGGUCCAGCACUUCUGGCUGCAGUUCCACCAGCGCUGCACCAAGCAAAAGAAGGUCAUCAAGGUACCAUGGCAGGAGUGGGUAGAGCCCUCCACAAGACGGUCCCCUGUUUUAAGGGCAGCCUCAGACAUCAUCUCUCGUCCUAGGAAGGUCAGCCGGCCCAAGCAUGGUCACGGGCAGCAACGGACAUGGAAGCACAGAUGGGAACCCCAGAAGGGCCUCCAGGAAUCCUGGGCCCAGCGUCUACUCUCCUGGCAGCACCGGUGUCAGGGCCCACCGUGGAGUGCCCACACCCACUUGGAACCCAUCCUGGGUCCUACCACCUUUUCCAACACCUGCCUGCUCCCUUGGAACGGUGCCUGGGAUUCAAGUCAAGUUCCCUGGCAUCUCAGGGAUGGACACACUACCCUGACUGGCCAGCCACUGUCCCUUGGCCUGGAGAUGCACCAAAGGAGGGAGCAGUUGUCUGUCCCCUCUCCAGAAGAGCUAGAGCGUCCGGAACCCCCCAUCAGCAUGAGCUCAGAUGCUGCAAGUCUGGUCCAGAGAGGUCCUGCCUGUUCCCUCUAA